AUGAUGAUUCAAACCAGACCGGAAAUUGAGAGUGAUGUUGCUGUGGACAAGUCUGAACAAAAGAUGCCAGGGAAUUAUACGUCUAAUGAAGCAGUGAGAAAGGCAAGGGGUCGACCCAAAGGAGUGUGCAAUAGCAUAAUUGUGGUGCCUCAGAUGCAGUCCAAAUCCCCCAUGAAACUUCGCAGCAUGAAUAAAUCUGGAUGUUUAUCUAGAUUAUCAGCCAUAUCCAUCAGCAGGGAUCUUGUUCCAGAAAUACCCAUGACUGAAGAUGCUGAAGAAAUGAAAGAGCUUGGCCAGGUCCUGAGAUUAAAGACUUCCCCGCCAGACUCUCUCCUGGCUGUAGCAACACCUACCAGAAAAUCUGGUGCUUUGGCAGAUAGGAAUACCCUCUUAGAUCUGGCAUCGUUGAACCAGGCGCAGCCUGCCAAAAGGCUUCAUGUUUUCUCGAACAAGAAACCAUCUGAACCAGGCCAGACAUCAUCAGACCUUGCAGCAGCUGCUGUUGCACCUCCAUGUGUUAUGGAAAUAAGAUCUAAUUAUGGUACACCAAGCUCCAACUCCCCAUUGUUUUCAGAAGAUUUGCCAUAUGAUAUGGAUGUGGACCAGGAUGUAGAUGUCAAUAGUUCGCUUGGAUAUGCAUCUCUGGCCACCCCUGAUUCAUAUCCAGAAGAUUCUUCAUAUGAUAUGGAUGUGGACCAGGCUAUAGAUGCCAAUAGUUCACUUGGACAUGCAUCUCUGGCCACUCCUGAUUCAUGUCCAGACUUGCCAGGGAACGAUGCAUCUUUGCCAGUGGAUUCCAACCACCUAGAAGAAUCUGUGGCGUCUAUACUCACUCCUCCAGGCACACUGCUUCUAUCAAAGGAUGAUCUACAGAUGUCUGCUAUCUCUUCUUCUUCCUGUUCCAGGAUAGAUCUUGAACGGUCUUCACCUAUUCCAUCACCCUCUAUGUCCAGUCCUGAUGAAUCUGCUCAAAAACCUCUGAUCACUAGCAAAACAUCCAAAGGCACUUUGGUUUUUACCAAGAGUCACGAUACCAAGUUUUCCUAUGAUUCAGUCACAUUCAUACCCAAUGCACCCAGAUCCAGAGUCAAAUCCAAAUCCAAAUCCAAAUCCAGUUCAAAGGUACCUAUACAAGUCCCAUCUGGCCAGAACAAUGAGAGUCGAAUGUUGAACAAGGGCAAGGAAAAAGCAAGGGUGACACGUUCAAAAGUGUCUCAAAAGUGUAGUCUGCAGGAGAGAGCAAAGAACAAUGAUGAGAGACAUAUGGAGAUCUCAGAUGAAUCCCCAAUGCCUCAUCCUGGUCCCAGUACCAGGUCCAGGAUCACUGAGACACUGCCUGCAAACAUGUCAAAAGUGGCUCAAUCGUGUCAGAUUGCUCAGGAAUCUGAGAAUUGGAAAUGGAGUGACAGAUUUCUUACAUUCUUCAAGUACCUUGGGCGUGAUUGGGCCAGAUCGCCUGCACUUCAAAAUGAUAUAAAAUUGCAGGUUGGCAAGGCUAUGACCUCUAGAGAUGUUGAGGUAUGCCUCAUCCAUGGUGUUGCUGUUGCUGUUGCUGUAGAUCUGAUCGUAUUGAAUGAUUGGCAGAAGCAGAUCAAGAAUGACAUGCAUGUGAUAGUCAAUCUACAGGCAGACGAUGGCCUUGGCCUACCAACUGACUGUGCCACUCACGUGCCUGAUGCAUUGCCCAUCCGUUCCCAGAUACUCCAGCUGUAA